ACCGCGCGCGUUCCUUCGCUCAGUUUGUAUUCGGUAUCCAGUUGGAUUCUGUUCGACGACGACGGACGGUACAUUCGAUUCCCGCGAUUCGAACACUUUUACUUUUCCUUUGCGAGAUCAACGCCGAUAACAAAGGAUCGAGGGACCGCGACGAAUAGGUUAAUUUUUGCGAGAUUCGGAACGGACAGAGAGAGAGAGAGAGAGAGAGAGAGAGAGAGAAAUAGUGCGCAUUGUGCCAUUAGUUUGUCAAGUGAUUUAAAAAAAAUUCCCGAAGAGAGAAACGCAGAGGUGUCGACGUGGGAAGAUGCUGCCACCGCGAAUACUCGGUCUGUUGGUGAUCCUUCUUGCCGUGCAAGGUUUGUGCAAACCGACUAAGAGUACAGAAGACUUGGAUUAUGAGGACGAUACACCUUUCGAUGAGAACGAUGAGGAGGACGAAGAGGAAGAUGACAAUCUCGGCACUGCCGAAGUACAACCGCAAAUCUUAUCGCAGAGGAUGAGUGUUCGCGUAAAAGCUGGAAGUACCGUUAUACUACCCUGUCAAGUGAUUCACACAGAAAAUUACGUGGUCGCAUGGAUAAAGGACAACAAGCUGUUAUACUUCGAAGCGCAGCCGCAAAUAGAAGACUCGAAGAGGAUCGUACGAUUGCCGAACAACAGCUUGGCCAUCUACAACGCAUCGGUUAGCGACUCUUCCAACGAUUACACGUGCAGUAUCCUCCGGCAACCGGAUAGCAUAAAUUUAACUCACCGUUUGCUGGUCGAUCCGGUGGGGACGCAUCAACAACCUACAGCCUCACCACCGCCGCAACACUCGCAUAAGGGAAUCAUACGUGUGAUACCCUCGCGACGAGUCGAAGUGACUCAGGGCUACCCUAUCAGGCUCGGUUGCGAAACAGACACGCAGCCACCGCCUGAAAUUAAAUGGUUUAUCGAGAACAAGAAAGUGGAUGGCUACGAUCCUCACGUGAUUCUGAACGAUAAUUAUAUUACGAUAAAAAAAGUAAACAAAUCUCACAGUGGUCUGUAUCAAUGUCUCGCGGAGGAUGGUUCAAAGACGCCAGCGAUGGAAGCGAUCAACGUCAUUGUACACUAUGUACCUGAGAUAGAGGUGAAGAGAAACAUAGUCUACAGCGGCGAAGGUAUCGAAUCGGAAAUGACAUGCAUCGUGAGCGCCUAUCCCGAAGCCAUAAUAUCGUGGUAUAAAGACGGUAAGGAAAUUAUGCACAAGAAGGGGUCGAUAGUGAUGCAUCAUGGAGUUAUGAAAGGCAACAAGACCAAGCAUGUUUUGAAAAUUGUGCACACUUCGAUGCAGGACUUUGGCGAAUACAAGUGUCGCGCGCAAAACAGCAUUGGUCAAGACGAAAAGUCUAUCUUAUUAACAGGUAUACCCUCGCAAGCGAGAAUAUCUGGUGCCGAAAUGACCAAUAAUGAUGCGGGAAUUAUUCUGAAGUGGCAUCUGGAGAGUUACUCACCGAUCAGAGAAUACAAGUUGCAAUACCGUCGCAAAGGCGACGAGAAUUGGAACGUUGUUGAGCCUGAAGUCAAAGACGGUAAAGGAAGUCAAUUUACCGUGGAACAUCCGAUUGAAGAACUUCAGCCUGGAUCUUACGAGGCAAUCCUUACGGCUAAAAACGCAUUCGGAUGGUCUAUGCCAUCAGAACCACAUAUGUUUACUGGUGAUUAUCCGUUUGAGAUGGCACAAAAAGAUGGAAAUUCGGCAGCUAUCCAAAUUCGCGGAACUCUUCUAGCGUUGAUCCUAGUCGUUUUAUCUUGUGCCUUCACAAGCCUGUAACUCUUUACUUAAUUCUUUAAACUCUAUGUAGGUAAUUUGCUGCAGCCAAAGCAAACACCAGCAGACGCCAUGGUGGAUUUAUUAGUAUAGGAACACUUAGGGGAGAGUCGACGCACAUAGAAGUUUCAUUGAAAUCCUAUAGUGCUUUCCACGUGCAUCUUAUUACGCUAAGCUAUUAUACAUAUAACUAAAUUUUUUUUUUAAACAGGCAUUAUCGAUGCAUUAA